AAAUAAGAGUGGCUCUAGUCUAGUUAUUUCCAUUCAUCGUCAUCUACCAAUUCAAAUGCAUUCUCUGCAUUAUCUUUUACCACUUCACAGCAAACCAACAAUACAGCCAUGGCUUCGACCUCUUUCUUUCACCAAUUUUGAAGCUGCAUAUUUAAUUUCUAAUGAGUUUCUGGUCUGUGGGAAGAGGAAAACCCAUCAAUUUCUUUCUUCUUCUUGUGUUGUUUAUGGAGUUGAAAAAGAGUCGCAACAUUUCGAGGUAGACCCUGACAAGGCCAGAGAAGCCCUUAGGAACCUUGACCAACAGCUCCAAUCUCUCUCUGAGAAAAAGGUCCGCCCUCCUAAGAUAAAGGCUUCUGAUGUGAAACUAACCAGAGAUCAAGGAGAAGAGAAAGAGACUGAAUUUUCAGCAUCUUUUCUGGCUUAUUUUGCUGGUGCUCUGUUUCUUUUCACAAUCUUUUACAAUGUACUGUUUUAUACUAUUAUAAAACCAUCCAUAGAUGGACCAGACCAACCUCCUUCAACUCCAACCGCAGCUAUUGAAAGACAAAUCCAAAAGUAGAAUUUUUCAUCCAAAGUUUCCAAUUCCAUUCCUGAACUUCUAGAUGCCUAUAAUCCAAAUCUAAUUAUUGUAACCAAGUUUUGGAUUUGACAUCCCUAUGAGAAACAGACACUAGAAAGAAGCAUGGAUUUUGUAAUACAUGGAAAUGGAGUUCAAAAAGGUUGAACAAGUUGAGAAGUGGCAGUGUACAGGUUUUGUUCAGAACCCCAAAAGCAUUACUCUGUCUAAGGCAUUUGGAAACUUUCUUGGAAUAAUUCUUGUGAAGUUUCUUUUUUAGGCAUAAAUAUUUAUUCUAUGGUUUGAAACUUUGAAUUA